AUGCACGAAGAACCAAGCUACUCAACCACGACCUUUUCCAGCAAGGGAAUUCUCUCCCAGUGCGAGAGAGCCCUUACCGCAGCGAAGAAUGGAGCCCUUUCCCUGGGCAUCCGGUCAACCAACGGCGUAGUUCUAGCAUCUCUCAAGAAGACGCCCUCAAUACUUGUCGAUAAGGAGCAGGUGCAGAAGGUCUUUAAAGUGUGCGACACGAUCAUAGCCACCUUUUCCGGCUUAAGCGGAGACUUUCGCACUGCCCUGGAAGUUGCCAGAGAAAUAGCGGAUGACUACUUCAAAGUGUACGGCACUUAUCCGUACGUAGACACCUUCAUGAAAGAGUUCUCCAAAGUCAUUCAAGAAAAAACACAGAAGGGAGGGCUCAGGCCAAUAGGCUGCAUCUGUCUCUUUGCAGGGCAUGCUCUGAUCAAGAAAGAUAUCCACCCAGACGAAGAGGGAAGGCCUGUGAUUGUAGAAACAGAGAACUAUCUUCUGCAGCCGCUUCUCUAUCAGAUAGACCCCUCAGGCUCGAUCAAGAACAGCUUUUCGUUUGGGGUUGGGAAGUUCUACAAGGAGUGCUCGCAGUUCCUGCUGAAGAGAUGCACAGCUGAAAUAGAAAUACACGAUGCUGUGAUGACAGCAGCACUUGCUCUGAAGGAGUUUACAGAGACUGCCAUAUCUGAGGAGGACAUGAGCAUAUCCAUUAUAACAGCAGACAGCAUUUCCAGCUACGGAAAAGACGAGAUAAAGGAAGUGCUCAGAAGCAUCUAG